CUCACCCACCACAAGAUGAUAAUGCACAGCGACUAUAAGGCAAAAGCCUAAGAGUAAAGAGGAAGGAAGGAGUUCAGCAGGAGAAGGUAGAUGGCAGGGCAGAAGAUGGGAAGCAAGGGGGAGAAGACCAACUUCUCUCUCGCCUGCAGGCUCUUGAGCCAGUACCUGAAGGAGAAGCGCGGCGUCGGUGGGCUGGGGCUUGAGAUGGCCCCCCCUAAGCCUCUUGAUCAACAAGCUCAAGAUCAAUCUCGGGCACCCGUGACGAUGAGCCUUCUUCCAGGGCUGGAUGUGCCAGGAGAUGAUAGAGCUGAGAACGAUCAUGAAAAGAACCCCACAAAAUCCAUGGAUCUUCUUCCUCGGCUCUCUGGUUUUGAUUCCUGUUUUCUGCCCGAGGAGGAGGAAUCUGUCAAGACCGCAGAAACCCAGAAGAUGGAGAAGAGUCAACUGACUAUCUUCUACGGUGGAAAGGUUCUGGUCUUCGAUAAAUUUCCGGCCGACAAGGCCAUGGAUCUGAUGGGGAUGGCAACAAACGAGAGCAUGGCAGCUCAGAGUCAUAGUUUCUCCGAACCUCUCACCUCCACGCCCGGAGCUGAUAGCUCUUCCGGCAAGCUGAAGGCUAAUACAUCUGAUAUGCCCAUCCCAAGAAGAAACUCCCUCCGCCGGUUCCUGGAGAAGAGGAAGGACCGCGUCAACGCCAAGGCACCAUAUCAAGUCGAUGGUUCUUCGGAGGUCAAGCCAGAGUGUCCCGGGUCUGAUUGGCUCAACCUAGGGAGACAAGUUUCGCAGCCACAGCACAGUUCAGCGAGCGGCAAGUAGCAGAAAUAUCUGACACGCGUCUCUGCUUGCUUGCGUGCUUCCUUCAUCUACAGAACUUAACCAUGAGAUCUGAAUAGCUCUUUGUAUUUGCUUAGUCUCCAUCGCAAGAACAUAUAUAUAUUUCCAACAACCUGUCAGGAAUUGUCCUCAUCUGACAUGUAGAAAGAUUGAAAUAUGAGCAGAGGCGUAAUAUUUAGAAUCUUAUUCAUAGAA